AUGUUGCACGACGCAGAACCACCAGACCCGCAAGCCGAUGCGCCUUCGCUUGCAGACGUCGAAGCCCUCGAGCUAUUCCGCCGCUCACCACACCCGUACCUCCGCCACAAAGACGAGAUCAGGAGACCGUCACCAGACCGAUUAAGCGCCUCUGGGCCACGAUCACGAACCCGCCUUCGACCCUCCGAUCGCACAAUAUCCGACGUAGAUGGAAGGAAGCGUAGGAGAGCCUCGCAAUCACCAAGCGAGAGUGGCACCGAGGCGGAUGACGAAGGGUACAACUUCAUAAAAGCGCUUCCUGCUCCUCCUUUACGACCGCAUAAGGGUCUUCGCGACACACGGGGGUCGGGGAAGGAGGAAUGGGCCAGUCCGCUUCUUACCCCUACACAAAUCGACGACGAAGGGCGGAAGUUGUUGGAGGGCUACUUCAAUGACAUCAAGAAGGGCCCGCGAAGAGGCGAAGCAUCCUUGACAGAUGAUGAGGCAACAGCAGCGAGGCAAAAGUAUCACAAGAGGCGGCGGAAUGAACUUGUUCGGAGAACAACAGAGACGGCAUUGUUAGCCGGCACCAGCGUCCUUGCAGUUCAAGGAUGUGGCUGCUGGGGCCAAUUGCUGGACUGGCACAGAGUUGAACUAGUGACCCACGCUGCGGUCAUAAUUGGCGCAUUAUGUCUAUAUCCACUCCGGCUACUUCACUACUCCAGAAAAGAAAACUCAAAGCUCAUAUUACGGCGUCGAAUACACCUACCCGCAGCUUUUGAUCCGGCCACAAUACUGUACCCCCCAAUAAUACCCGUCCUAAUCUCGAUAUCUCUGUUCGCUUCCUUUCCAAAACUAUUGCUACCAAAUAUCCUUCUUGGACUCGCCGCAUUACCGCCCCGAAUUAUACCAUUCAGAAAUGCAACGCUGGGGUACUCAAAUAUCCAUUGGCUUGUGUCUAUCUUACCACUAAUUGCCGCCGAAAAUACCGACUUUCCAUCCAAUGUACUUGCCCUAAAGCCGUACAAGCUAAAACAUCCUCCGCCAGACGAGGGCUUAGAUCCUGAGCUUCUAGUCACUCUCUUUUCACUUCAUCAGGCUUUGCUUCCCCCGUUGUACUACCUUACGACUACGAGUCUGCUACCUGCAGAGCUCCAUCUACUUUCCAUUGGGCUCAUCAAUAUACUGCUAUUCUCCGACUCUCCACAAGCCAGUGUUCUCAAGACCUUAAUGUGGAUCGGAGGAUUAGGCGUCUUCUUACUCUGCGGAAAGGUCCUCAAGUGGGGUGUAGCACUUGCCCGAAUACCACGUUGGAGGCUCAGGCGGGUCGGACAGGUCAUCAAAGCACGACAGUCGUUCUUGCAAAUUCUUAACGAGGGGUUGAGGCCGAAACAGACCCAGACGGCCGCUAGAGCGGACGUUACGGAUAGCGACGCGGAUGAGGACGAGCCGUUCCUUCAGAACCCACUGCAGAAGACAAAAAGUCUCAAAGUGAAUAUUAUGGAUACCAUGCGGAAGAGCAAUCUACAGGCAAAUGGACACGAACCACAAUCGGCCGUUGAGGCGAAGAGACCGGGCUUUGAAGAAUCGGACGGUCGGGUGGAGGAGCUAAACAGCUUCCGGAUCAAACGGAGGAAUACACUUCCUCUUCCUGCAGCCGAAGACCACCGCAAUACGCCACGAAAACGUUCAAGGUCCAUCGCGCAGGCAUACCUUUCGCUGACUCCUACACAAGCAACCAUGAGGAAAUGGCUCUACGCCGGGUAUUUCUAUCUCAUAGUUGUCAUCAUUAUCCUUGGGCCGAUCCGCUAUACCAUUAGCAAGUCUGCUCUACAUGAGCAUGAACCAUUCGGAUGGGCGAUAAGCUACCUGUUCGGCAAUAUACCGAGGGUACGAUGGGAGGUCAUUAACUGGAAUUUGGACUGGUGGAUCCCACUUCCCCCGAUGCUUGACCUUCAGAACCUCGCCGGAAUAUCCGAGAACCUAUCGCGUGCUGAACAUGUACGUCACAUCGUAUUCGGCGAAGCAAACACGCGCCUUCUAUUGUGCGUAUACUGCGCUGCUACCAUUGUUGUGGGCCUGAUAUCGGUCUUCUCCCUUUCUGCCGUCGUGGAAGUCGACACACGCAGAAAGGUCUUCCACGGCACCAUGGUUGCUAUGCUACUCCCGACUAUCUUCAUCGACCCUUGCUUCGUCGCUUUAGCGCUCGCUCUUGUUCUUGCCAUCUUCAUUCUUCUAGAUCUUAUCCGCGCAUCGCAACUCCCACCCCUCUCCAAACCCAUUGCCAAAUUCCUCACGCCAUACGUUGACGGCCGUGAUCUCAGAGGCCCAGUUGUCGUAUCGCACAUCUUCCUCCUCAUCGGCUGCGCUAUCCCUUUAUGGCUUUCGCUUGCGAGCGUCGAACGGACGGGCGACGAGCCAUGGCAAGGCUGGGAAGCCAAAUCACGAGAUGUCAGUAUGAUUGCGGGGGUUAUCUGCGUGGGCAUGGGCGACGCAGCAGCGUCCUUGAUCGGUCGGCGAUACGGGAGGAGAAAGUGGCCCUGGGCCGGCGGGAAGUCGCUUGAGGGCUCCCUCGCCUUUGCCGUUGCAGUCACGAUAGGUCUCGUCUUCGGCAGAGUAUGGCUUCAUCUAGGAUGGAGCAGCCAUGAUGUUGCACCAAAGACUGCAGGUGAGUGGCUCAGGGGCGCAGUCGUUACCACGGCCAAGGCGGCUCUGUGUGCAGUGGGCGCAAGCCUCAACGAGGCGGUGCUCACAGGCGGCAAUGAUAAUGUGAUCGUCCCAGUCAUACUAUGGGUGCUGGUGAGAGGUGUCAGGCUCUAG